AGAUGAUCCUUGAUGAAGUCCAAACACGUCUCAAUGUAAGCAUUUUCAAACUUGAUGAAGUGCAAACGGGCAGUCACUUCCUCUUGGACAGAUAUUUCAUACAGCUUAUCACUUGUGGCUUCCUGAAAUACAAGAAUGGCAGCCAUAACAAGCUUAUCCUGAUGACUGAAAAAUGUAAUCUUCAGGCGGCUGGGGUGUGUUUUGUACUUGUUUAGUGUCACUUUAAUUGUUGGAGGAAAUCCAGUGUUCUGAAAUAAUAGUAAAACUAUUUGUAUGACUUAUUGUAAAUGAAUAAAUAGAAAUCACAAUGAAUCAUCUUUGAAUCACAUUAAACUUGUUGAUUUAAAUAAAGGGUUUUUCGGAAACCACCCUUGAACUUCCAAUGUCGAUAUGAAGAGAGCAGAAAUAAAUAACCUAAUGUAAUUUUCUGUCCGUUCGAGAUCUUUGCCCUCUCACUUCAAUCCACGUUGAUGCACUUAUGUCACCAGUGAGAGACAUUGAGACAUCUUAGCUCAUGUUAUCUUUGCUGACCACUGCAUCUACGACAAGAAUUUGAUAACAACAAAGUAACAACCAAGUUCAAGGGAAGAUCUAGUACUUUGUCUGCCUGAAUUCGAAUUCUGAGCUGCUCUGAUACACUAUAAAGAUUGGAUAGGCUGCAUGUUUUCACAUAAAUGGAAACGUAUUAUUUACCUUCGCGGAAUGGUCGAAUGACCGCACUUUGGCCACUUUGUGUUGCACUGUUGAGUAGUAGGCGAGUUUUGUUAGGGAGCCACCUGGCAAGGGGGAAAACAACUUUAAUCAGUCAUGGGGUUUACAACAAAAAAAACUAUCACUCGUGACAGAAAAGGUGAUCGGCGGAAGUCAAGGUUCAGCUCAGUCACAGUAAGUAAACAAAAGCUAACAAGCUACUCCAAGUGCAGAAAUAGUCGCGCCGUUAUGCAUCCGCUGCGACAUCACGACUCAAUAGAAAUAUCGCAGAACAACAUUCGUAAACUGGUUUAGGACUUAUUCAAACUUAUAUGGAGGGUUGGGCCAAGUUGUUGACUUCCUUCACAGGCAUGUGUUGCUAUUAUCAGGCUACUGUGGUGCUAACGCUUAUCUAAAAAUACUGGCGUCUAGAGCAUGAACGAGGCUGCAACACCCCAAGUACCUAUGUCUAUUGCAAACCGCUUGGCGUUUUCCAAAUUUCGGAAUAUUUCGUCCGGCGGAAGGGUGAUGCUUUUAUCCAUGGUGGGGUUACUACUACUGCUCCUGCUGUCGCUGCUGUCAACCCGACGACAUUCCGCCAUGGUCGCCUACGUGAUGACGUCGAUGCGUGCGUGAAGAAUGGUGGACGCACUGGGCUGUUUUGGCAGCACCCAACUAUUUUCACCACCUUAUUAUUUAUGGGUUUUUUUCAGUGCAGGCGGUGCGUAAAUGUUCCUAUCUCUGUUCAUCUACUAUUAACGUCGGCUUGCUGACACUGGAGAACGAUGUAAACAUCACAUUUUUUAUUGAACUUUUCCGUCCUCAAAACGAGGCAAAACAUUGGCGUUUGAGAUAUUGGACUCAAAUACAGUGUAGGGACUCACUGAGGCCUUUACAAAAGACAAAGUGAGCGGAGACAUUUCAUUCGUUCAACCCCGAAAAUGCGGUUUGACACUGAGAGCUUGACAAAGCAGGUGACCCAAUGUGGGUUUUUAAUUUUUACAUUGUAAAAAAAAACGCUAAACAUGAAACAUCAUUUCCAACACAUUUGACGCUAAACAGUCAAAUGUUAAACGAAUGUAUCGCAUUCAUAAAUAAUGCAGUAAUUCUGAUCAUAAAAGUUGAUCAAUACAAAUGCAAUUCAUUGAAUUACAAAAGUCUUUCAUCAGAAAGAAUAACAAUAACCCCUUGAAACAGUCUUUCGCCUCUGAAAAUAUAGAUCUCAAUCCAAUUGGAUUUAACGUCAUGUGAUCUUGGAGAUUUGUUCCUGCCACGUGUUCCAGUCCUUGUUCUUGUACGUCUCUACCAGGGCCUCCAGGGGGCGCUGCUGACUGCACUCUUGUCGAUGGUGACAUAGGUCUGGACUGUAGAGCUCAGAGGAGAGAAGUCCAUCUCUCCCAUCUUCUUCUCGGAGGAGGACUGAAGCCUGUGGAAGUGCUUCAGCAGUCUUCCUUGUUGUUGGCUCUUCUGCUGCAGCUGGCUCAGGAAGCAAACGGUCAUCUCCAGGAUGUCUGCUUUCUCCAGUUUGGAGUCUGGCUGAUGUUUGAGGAACUCUGGACCCAGGAGGGACUUGAGCUGCUCGAUGCUGCUGUUGAUUCGCUCUCUGCGUAACUUCUCCACCAGAGGCUUUCUGAGCUGGAGGAAGAACAAGACAGUCAUGAGUACACCUGUUCUGCAGUGUCAUAAGAGCUUCAUCAGAGAUGGUUUCUGCUGAAAGAUCAAGUCUGAGAGGUUCUUCUAUUUACCUUGUGGCUGAGAGUCAGGUGGUCCUGAGAAGUGUUGAGUGCUGCAGUGGCUGUAGGUGCCAUGUCUGGAUCUGUGUGCUGUAGAGGUCUCUGUAGAGAGAAUGUGAUCUCUGCUGGCUUCAUCCCUCCUUUUAUAGUCCCACAUCUCCAUGUCAAUGUGUGAGUCCAGCUCUGGAUGAAGGUUCUCACACUCUCCACCAAUCAGAGAGCGAGCUCAGACAAAAGAGCUCAACAACAGCUCCAUGCUUAAUGAGGUUAUUGCAUCUGGGACAAUAGUUAGAUCUCAGGGGGACAGCUGGAGUACUGGGGGGGUGAUGGAGAGCGUGUGUGCUGAUGUGGGAAAGUGGAAGGGGUGACCCUGUAGAGAUCAGAUUUGCUGCCUGAUGCAAGCAGAGCACGCGCUCAAAGAUAGAGCCAACAUUACGUUCACAUCUGGGAACUGAUGUCAACAGCUCAUGGGAUGUGUUGUCAGUCCAGCAUGAAAGAGCGGGUGUUGCAGGGGACUUUUAUUUUUUCUUCAGCAUCAUGGUAGUUGUUCUUAAAUGUUCUUUGCUUCUGUACCAAUAUUACUACCAUCUCAUUCAUGUCCUCAAUAAACAGUACUACAUCAGUCUUCAAACCAUAGUUGCUGCAAACUGCAUCAACUGAACUUUCAACAUUUCAGAAUAAGUAAUUGUUUUAAUGCACAGCUGACUAUGACGAUUCUAUUGACUCAACCUUAUUACCUGCAAACAUAUACGUGUGUGUCAUUAUAUGUUUAAUUCCUUACUAUAACUAAACCUGUUGUAUUUAUAAGUGCUGUUAGCACAGCAUACUAGUGAGAAGCAGUAUUAGCAUUGGUCUAAAUAAUGGCAAACUAUAUUCAUCAGACAAAAAAGGUGUGUAUCAUUAUUCAUCAUAUUAUUAUAUUUAAUGAAUUUAUUUUAAAAAAUAGAAAAAAAAUCACUGUUGUCGGCCAAUAGAUUUAUUUUUUUUUUUUCUGGGAAAGCAGUUUCAGCAUUAGACAAGUAAACAACACAUUAUUCUCAACUCAUUAACUCAGAGUUGAUCUGCUCUAUUCACAACUUGUUUCAUAAUAAGAUGAAGCUUACGCUUCUGGUGAUGUAGCCAUGUUGUUUUGGGAUUGGGCUCCACCCAAUAGGGAAAGACAGGAGCAUUGGUGGACAGGAUAGGAGCAGGCGUCGGCUAAAGACAAAGAAAUGGUGCCAGCCUCUGAAAGGAACUGGAGACAAAUCUUUCUCCUUGUGAUAAGCGUGCCAACUCCCCUGGGGGGGUGAGGGGGGAGGUCAGGUGCUGGUGGGCUUGACCAUGUUAAUCACUCUGACUGGGACUCCGCUCUCUCUGCAUUUCCCACACUCAGUCCAUUGAACCAGACCGCCAGCCCACAAUAGACAUGUGCCUUGUUAAAUGCUAAUUCAUCCUCUUUCAAAUUCCCCAAGGAGGGUUUUGUUGCAAACACCCUCAAUUAAGAGACAUGAGUGAAGGACGGAAACACAAAUGUUGUGGCUGAGAUGUUGCCACUGCAGCGACUGCUGCUGUUUUCUUUAUUUGUCUGCUACCUUACAUACAGAAAGGACGGCCAUUGCAGAAUAAUGAGCUUUAUUUAGGCGCUAAUGACUCAUCAGUUUGCCAGUUUGUUUGCAUAGUUUUUCCCCUUGGAUUUUCAAAGAAGUACUAGCAAGCAUGAUUUCUUUUCAUUCAAAUACUUGUGCACCUUAGACUUUGCGUGACUACCACAGUAUACACAACUACUGGCAAUAACACGUCUACUUGCAUUGCUACUUCCUUUUUUGCUGACAGUACUUACAAGACUUACAGGAGUACAACCUGAAUACUAUUUAUGCCACCACCGUGAUUAAUACUCCUACUACUAACAAUACCAUGAGUAAUGCUGUCACUUCUUCCUUGACUAAUACCUGCGCUACAACACUCAACUACUACUUGACAUUUUUAUUUUCCCAUCACCACUGCAUUCUUGUCCUCAUGGUCACCUACUUGCAAAAAACUUCCAAUAUGACAGCAAGUGUUACUAAAAUAAUUUUAAGAACUUUGUCAAUCAUUUCUACAAGACACCAACACACUGACUUCUACUCUACACUUCUAUCAACAUCUCUGCAACACAUACCGUCAUCAAAACUACUUCCUCUACUACAAUGAGUAGUUCCAAUGCAGCGAUAAGUUUCUCUUUCGAUAAUACUAUUUCCACAAAUGCUACUACUGGUACUACUGUAUAUAUAAACACAAACAUUGAAGACUUUUUUUCUACUGCGUCCAUUUGUACUCUUGUUAGCAAUACUACUUCCUCUACCUUUAUUGUCUCAAAUGCAGUGCAACUGAAAUGAUCAUUCUUGGCAAUUCUACUUCUAGUUCAGCCAUAUAUGCAACUAAUACUCACUGUUCCUAUUAUACUACUUUGACUACAACUAUCACUAGUACAACGUACCUGCCAAGACUACUACUGCUGCUGUUAUGAGUACAAUCACACUGCAACUCUCCAGAUUGUUUGAAUUUCUUCAAAUACGUUUUGGGUUUCUGCCUACACACAGUACUGGUGUGUGUCAACAAAAGCAAAGCAGGUCACUUUAAGUUCUCAAAAUAAACGGAAUCAAGAGAGUGUCUCCUCAUUCAGAUGCAAGAAUCCUGGAAAACAUUUAAAAUUCCAGCCAGUUGACAGACAUCAUUGUGUUCCGGAACCUCCAUUGUCCUGCUGGGUCUCUGUGAGUGAGCUCCCUGGUCUUUCCCACACUCUCUCCAUUCAGCACAACAGAAGUGUGUCUGCCUGCACAUCCCAUUAAUUAUGGAGUCACUUUACCAGUUUGCUGCUUCUCAAUGGACAUUCCUGUCAUCUCCAGGCUUUUAGGGACACGUCCAAGUGGAAUGCAGACGUGCUGAGGAUUAAUGGAAACUGAAAGGAUAUUUUUCACCCGGAUCUGCAUUCCAGACUCGGCAGUGGGAAGCGGGGGAUGAAAGGACGGGAGUCCAGCGGGGGGAGCGGGAAUAUUUGAAACCAUCUCUUCGCGUUUUCUCUCAUGUCGAAAAAUGUUUUUGUCACCUGCUCCUUAAAUAUGUGUUUGUUUUAUUCGUUGGCAAAUUUCUAAGAAUAGAUCAACCUCAUUGGUUUUAGUAAACAAGGUGAUGCGUCCAACCCUUUCAUUUACCAUAAAAUUGUUUCAGUAAAAUCAGAUAUUUUCCUCUCUCUCUCCCUUUAUAUAUAUAUAUAUAUAUAUAUAUAUAUAUAUAUAUAUAUAGAGAGAGAGAGAGAGAGAGAGAGAGAGAUAGAUAGAUAGAUAGAUAGAUAGAUAGAUAGAUAGAUAGAUAGAUAGAUAUAUGGGUAUUUGGGUAUAGUAUUUAACAAUAAGCAUAAUUAACAAUAGCACUAUUUGAAUUAAUUUUUGAGAGUAGUAUUUUCCUUUAUUUCAGUCCUACAAAACCUGUAUAUCAUGUUACAGAAACAACAUACUUUCAUUUGUUACUAAGUGUAUCUAAAGUGUAUCUAAAGCAGUUUAUCUUGCUGAUAUUAGUCUGUAGUUGUCAUCCUUCCCGAUGAGAUGUUGAUUGUGUCAAAGUCAUUGAUCUGAGCUUCAGACAGCAGAUCUGAUCUCUACAGGGUCACCACUUUCCCACAUUCACACACACUCCCUUCAUCGCGGGGUGUGUUUAGGGGGAGUCGUCCACCUGUUCCCCUGAGAUUUGACUAUUGUCCCUGAAGGCAAUAACCUCGUUGAGCCUGUUACAUCCUCUUUUGUCUGAGCUCGCUCUCUGAUUGGUGGAGAGUGUGAGAACCUUCAUCCAGAGCUGGACUCACACAUUGACAUGGAGAUGUGGGACUAUAAAAGGAGGGAUGAAGCCAGCAGAGAUCACAUUCUCUCGACAGAGACCUCUACAGCACACAGAUCCAGACAUGGCACCUACAGCCACUGCAGCACUCAGCACUUCUCAGGAGCACCUGACUCUCAGCCACAAGCUCAGAAAGCCUCUGGUGGAGAAGUUACGCAGAGAGCGAAUCAACAGCAGCAUCGAGCAGCUCAAGUCUCUCCUGAGUCCAGAGUUCCUCAAACAGCAGCCAGACUCCAAACUGGAGAAAGCAGACAUCCUGGAGAUGACCGUUUGCUUCCUGAGGAGACUGCAACCACACCUGUGUGUGGACUCGAAAGAUCAGGGAUUCUCCAGAUGCGUUCAGGAGGCAGCAAACUUUCUGUCCAACAGAGAGAAGAUGGAGUCUGAGAGACGACUGCUGAAGCACUUCCACCAUCUUGAGAAGAACCAGAGAGAGACAAACUUGUCUCCUCUGAGCUCCACAUACCAGAUCAAUGUCUCCACUGAGAUGAGUCUGAUCAAAACCACCCCCUGGAGGCCGUGGUAGACAAGCCCAUGGACUGACUUUAUCACAGCACACUGUGCUCAUUGUUGGCCUUUGUUGAGGUUUUUAUGUCACUGUGAUGUUCACAGGCUCCUGUUUGGCUCUUAUUUGCCAGAUGAUCUGCAAUUUAUGUUCAAAGUCGUGGAGUAAAAAGGUCUCCUUGUAGGAUAACUUGUUUCAAUAUUUCCCUCCAUGUUGGAGGCAGGUGACAUGCUGAACUUUAUUUAUAUGUGACAUUCACACUCUCUGUACAUUUGUGCGUCUGUGUUUUGACAGACUGAAAUGUUUGAUUAACAAAUGUGUUGCUUUUUUGACUCUGUGAGUGACAACACAACAUCUUCAGUGAAGACAAUUUUGUUUGAAAAAAUGUUUCAAAAAUGAAUGUAUUCCUGCAAGCCAAGUGAAUCGCAUUAAAA